AUGUUUAUUCAAUUGUUACAAUUAAUCAUUAUCACUUAUUACGUAGCAGAAGCAUGUCUUCCGUUUCGAAUUCUCUCCAAACCGGUAAAACAAUGCAAUUUUAUCAAGAAAGACUGUCAAGAUAUUAGAAAGAAUGGCACUACUAUUGUUACAUUUCAAAAUUAUAACUGCCCGGAAAAAAUUGAUUCAGUUACUGAAGUAUCCGGUAAACUAUAUAUAUUUUCGGAUGGUAAAGUAUGGAUUUUAAAGAAUCGAAGACCCGAAAUGGUAACUCGUAUUGAUAAGAUAUUUCCUGAUGGACCAUUUUAUGUUAAUGCAUCUGUCUCAACGAAAGACCGAACAUACCUUAUUAAAGAUCGAACUAUUUUUGCAUUUUCUAACGACAAAAACAUUUUCACUCCAAUACAAGGAUGGCCUAAAAUGCUCCCAAAUCGUAUCUUAUUUUUUCCACAAGCUGCAUUUCCCAUCAAGAACGGAAGUGCUAUACUUGUUUCGGGAAAUGUGUUGGCAACGUACGAAUUGAAACACAACAAAGUAUCAUUAGUGUAUGAUUUGGAAACAUAUUAUCCGAAUCUACCCAAUGAUUUUCGAUCCGGUAUACCAUUUCCAGCAGAACAAUUCAACACGUACCAUUUUUUUGACUCGCAUAAUUUAUACGAGUAUGAUAUGAACACCAAAAGAAUUACAUUUAUACAACCACUCAAAACAUAUCUUUUGUGCUGA